AUGGAGAAAGAUGGAGAGGAAAUCAAUGAGAUACGGAGUGAACUUCACCUGUGGAGGAACAGGCGUUUUCAAAACGCUGGUCUCCGAGCCAAACAUGACCACCCAGAUCCGCCUCUUGCAACGUUUGAUUCACCACGACCGUCUCUAUACACAGGCUGUAUCGCCUCCUCCGUCGCUCUCGUCUCCCUCGCUGGCAACGACUACGGUGCUUACAAUGCUCGCAAUGGCUCUGCCCAGGGUUUGCGGGCUUUCAUUGCUUCUGUGGUUAAUCAAUUGGCCUUGAACCUAAAACGUAUUCAUGAUAUGGGAGUGAAGAAAAUAGCGGUUAUUGCUUUGGAACCCCUGGGAUGUCUUGCCUAAAAGCA